AGCCCGAGCCCCAGCCCUGCCUGCUCGGUGGGAGAUUUUCCGCCCCCGCUUUCCCAGCUCACCCCCUUAACCUUACGGCAAGCUGAGGGCUCAGCUCUGGUUCCUGACUCUGAAAGAGGGAGAGCCCGGGCGGUGUCAGCCCGGCGAGGUGCUGGACCCCGUCCUUCACUCAAAACCCCCUGGGAACGCCUGCCAGUGCUCCCGGUACUGCUGGAGACCCCAGCCCCGCUGCAGAAAGCCCUGGGCUCCGUGCCGCCGCUUCCCGGGACGGCCACGGGCCGGCUGAGAGCGGCACAUCCCGGGGAGGGAACGGGGAUAAUUCACUUGUCAUUUUCCGUACGAGAAGAUGGGGCUGGCUGGAAGCGAAGGGCUCUGGUGAUGGGGAAAGCAGGCACCCACCUUGCUGUGGGCUGCGGCUGGCAGGGGGUCGCUGCCAGACUGGGAGUGAAUGUCCUGACUGGACUUUCGGAGAUCCUGAGAUGCCGUGGAGGUUUGCUGGGGCUCUGGUGUUGGCAGCAUUUCCAUCCAUGAUUUGGAUGUACCUGUGUCACACCACCUCCUGAUGCUACGAGGGCUGGUCUGGGUGCAGGAGGGUUUGAGCUGUAAAAGUUAGUUCAGCAAAGCCAGGUAUUGCAGGCUGUGCACAAAGAGCCGGGUGCCUGUGUGUGUGUGAGAUGCUGGGGAUUCAGAUGGCACACGCCAGACAGGAGCCACCGCUUGGGAUAAGCCUCAGGAAGUGUUUGGAGAGCGAGACCUGCAAGGGACAGAGGGACUGGAAUCCUUUUAGAGAAGAGAAGGAGAAGCUUCACUCCUAUUAACACCUGCACAGAUCUCCCAGGUCUGUCCUGCUACAAGGGAAGCUCAGCCUUUCCUGCCUUCCUCCCUGGAGAUGAGAAGUAAGGGAGCCUUAGUGGAAAUACUGGAGAGGAAACUCCACAACAGCAGGUCUGGUGGUACAGGGGCAGUUUUUGUGAGGAGCUGUCUGAGCCUCCUCAGAGCAGAGGGGGAAGAUGUCAGAGCAAGAGGUGUAGCUCAUCUGACCUGGAUCUUCAGGUAUACUUGAUCUGCACGGAGAGGAGUGGAGGUAUGGGUUAGCUGCCCACUCGAGCUGCCUUUUAGCCCUCAGGAUUUAAGAAAUACCAUAGUAAUUGCUCCAUAAUGUUCUAAAGCCUGGCUUUGGCUGGCAGACUCGCUUGGCACCCUUAGUAUAACUUGAUCCUUUAAACAAGUCACCAAAUGUCACAAGUGAGCACAUGAAGCAAGGCUGGCUGUCCCCUUGCUUGCUUUGCAGAGCCCACGGUAGAAAGCUGCAAAAUAAGCCUGGAAGUGGGCAAGAACCUAAAUCCAUCUCAGCUCCUGGGAAGAGGGUAAGGCCUGAAGAGUCCUGUGUAGCUUGCAGUGGCUUUGUUGUUUAUCCUAAAAGGUGUGCAGUUGUUCAUGGCUUGAUCAGUUCUCCUGUUUUGCUUUCUCUGAGCUGGGUGACAUUAGGGAUGGUGGCCCAUCUCUAGCUGCAGAGGGACACCGAGGUGGCCGGGGCUGCCUUCGCUCACCGUGUCCCUCCAGACAGGCAGGGAGGUGCUGGCUAGGUCACAACAAAUGGUCCUCCUCGCUCUGCCAUGCUGCAGCUGACACGGUGACUUGCCUGGUGAAUCAUAAGUGAAUGCUGCUGAGAGCUGAGCUUUUUGCAGACACCACAGCGUUAGCCCCUGUCCUUGGACAAGCUCCAGCUUGGGCGAUUCCAUUCGGACACUUUAAAUGCUCCCUGUCGCCUUUGCAGGCACAAGGCUCUGCUCUUCUGCCUGCGAGCUCUUGGAGGCUUGUUGGGGACUGUGGAACAGCUGCUACUUUCAGUCCCUGGCUGUUUUCUUGCUGGAUGUCGGGGGUUGUGUGUAAAGCCUGACUGCAGGACUGUGAAAGAGGCUCUGUUAAUGCCAGGCACUUGAUUUGCCAGUAAAGGUUGGCUUUAUUUUUCCUGUCAGCUCUGCUCUGCUGGCUGCCAAGGGCUGAUGCGGGACCCAGUUGAAGUUGUGUUGGUUUUGGAGUCUUAACAAUUACCAGCUUAACUAGAGUGAUGGUUCUUAAGGACAUGGCUAUAAUUAGGUCAAGCUGUCUCAUUUGUUGAAUUCCCAUUCAGCUCCCAAACUUGGUAGUGGAAAUGAACUUGGGGCCUUUUUUAGGAUUGCUGUUCAUCUCCACUGGUGAAGAACAUUUGGGAGACAGCUCUGGUGCUCCUGUCCUUGCUGCCAGAGCCCGUGGGCAAAGGCAGAGCGUUGUUUUGUCUCCCUGCCAGGGGCUGCUGAGCUGCCAUGGGGAACACCACCAGCGAGCGGGUGUCUGGGGAGCGCCAUGGCUCCAAAUCCCACCGCUCCGACGGCUCCGGUGCCUCCCACCCCGCCAAGGAGCACCCGCACAAGAUCAUGGUGGGCAGCACCGACGACCCCAGCGUUUUCAGCUCCCAUGACUCCAAGAUUCCUGGGGACAAGGAGUUUGUGUCGUGGCAGCCAGAUCUGGAGGAGUCAGUGAAACCAUCCCAACAGGCUCGUCCAACUGUCAUACGCUGGGCUGAUGGAGGCAAGGAGGUCUUCAUCUCCGGAUCCUUCAACAACUGGAGCACCAAGAUCCCACUCAUCAAGAGCCACAACGACUUUGUUGCUAUCCUGGACCUUCCAGAAGGAGAGCACCAGUACAAAUUUUUUGUGGAUGGCCAGUGGGUCCAUGAUCCAUCUGAGCCUGUGGUCACCAGCCAGAUGGGGACAAUAAACAACCUCAUCCACGUCAAGAAGUCUGACUUCGAGGUGUUUGAUGCGUUGAAGGUGGAUUCCCUGGAAAGCUCAGAAACCUCAGGUCGGGAUUUAUCCAGCUCCCCACCGGGACCUUAUGGCCAAGAGAUGUAUGUAUACCGGCCUGAGGAGCGCUUCAAAUCCCCACCCAUCCUCCCACCUCACCUCCUCCAGGUCAUCCUCAACAAGGACACCAAUAUCUCGUGUGACCCAGCACUGCUGCCCGAGCCCAACCACGUCAUGCUCAACCACCUCUACGCGCUCUCCAUCAAGGACGGCGUGAUGGUGCUGAGUGCCACGCACCGCUACAAGAAGAAGUACGUCACCACGCUGCUGUACAAGCCCAUCUGAGCAGGGGCCUCACACGCUCCCCACGCAGGACACCAAAAGCCGCUUGUCUGCACACACUGGGCCACGGGACUGUGUGACAACUGGCCACUGGCUCCAGCCUCCAACCUGGCAGGGACACGGGCCCCAGCAACAAGCUCAGGGCCACGGGGGCCUGUGACGCUGUCCCAUCCUGCUGGCGUGGUUUAGCCCUUGGUUUCCGCCCACCUGCAGUUUCCCUUGGCUUCUGUGAGUCGCUGGGACCACUUUGCUGCUCACCAGAACAGCCCCUCCUCACACCCAACACAAAAAGGGCUUCACCCUGCCUGUCUUCUCCAGCCUGUGAGGGCCUCAAGGUGGUCCUGGCACUGCACCCAGUCCAGGCUCCAGGAACACAUCCUGUUCUUCCGGAGGUUGCGCUGCUGCCCUGGCAAUGGGUUUCCAAGGCGACUUUGUCUGCUGGGGGCUCUGCGACACUCCAGCCUGGCACCUGUUCCCUGUCCCACAGCCCUGGCUGUGGGGCUGCCCCCCAGCUUUGAGGAGGGCUCUGCAGCCCCAGCCCUCUGUGAGGUUCAGCGUCGAGCCAGCAUGAUGGACGGUACAGCUGGACACAGCCACUCUUACCUGCUGCUGUGAGAGCACCAUCAAGGACUGCAAUGCCCUGUCCCCAAACAUCAGCAGCUUCUGUGGGACAGGGCUGACUUUGUCACAGCCAGAGGGGCACUGGCACACGCCCACGCUGGAGGGGCCUGGCAGGAGCAGAGCCAGGCAGGCACUCCAGGACCCCGGCUGCACCGCCUGCUGCUGCAGCAGUGCCAUGGAACAGGGGGUUCUCUAUUUAUUACAGUAUUUAUUGUUCUCAG